AGCGGGCGCCGGGCGAUGGCAGCACGGCCGCGCAGGUCGGGGACAGACCCCGCGGCCGAUGCUGCUACCAGUUUCCUGAGGGCGGCACGCUCGGGAAACCUGGACAAGGCUCUGGAUCACCUGCGCAAUGGAGUGGACAUCAACACCUGUAACCAGAACGGGUUGAACGGCUUGCAUCUGGCUUCUAAAGAAGGCCACGUGAAGAUGGUGGUUGAACUACUGCACAAGGAGAUCAUUCUAGAAACGACAACCAAGAAGGGGAAUACUGCUCUGCACAUCGCUGCCCUUGCUGGUCAGGAUGAGGUGGUCCGGGAACUGGUCAAUUAUGGAGCCAACGUCAAUGCCCAGUCUCAGAAGGGCUUUACUCCCCUGUACAUGGCGGCCCAGGAGAAUCACUUGGAGGUGGUAAAGUUUUUACUGGAGAACGGAGCCAAUCAGAAUGUAGCCACAGAAGAUGGCUUCACGCCGCUGGCGGUGGCCCUACAGCAGGGUCAUGAGAACGUGGUGGCUCACCUCAUCAACUAUGGAACCAAAGGGAAAGUGCGCCUCCCCGCCCUGCACAUUGCAGCCCGCAACGAUGACACGCGGACAGCUGCGGUCCUGCUGCAGAACGACCCCAACCCCGACGUCCUUUCCAAGACGGGCUUCACACCUCUCCACAUCGCAGCUCACUAUGAGAACCUCAAUGUGGCCCAGCUCCUUCUCAACAGGGGAGCCAGCGUCAACUUCACACCUCAGAAUGGCAUCACACCACUGCACAUCGCCUCCCGCAGAGGGAAUGUGAUCAUGGUGAGACUCCUGCUGGACCGAGGGGCUCAGAUAGAAACAAGGACCAAGGAUGAAUUGACACCGCUCCACUGUGCAGCUCGAAACGGACACGUGAGGAUCUCAGAGAUCCUGCUGGACCACGGGGCACCCAUCCAAGCUAAAACCAAGAAUGGCUUGUCCCCAAUCCACAUGGCGGCUCAGGGAGACCAUCUCGACUGUGUCCGACUUCUAUUGCAAUACAAUGCAGAGAUCGAUGACGUCACCUUGGAUCACCUGACUCCUCUCCACGUGGCAGCCCACUGUGGCCACCACAGGGUGGCUAAGGUUCUUUUGGAUAAAGGAGCCAAGCCAAACUCCAGAGCCCUGAAUGGCUUCACCCCCUUACACAUCGCCUGCAAGAAGAAUCACAUCCGCGUCAUGGAGCUGCUGCUGAAGACGGGUGCCUCCAUCGAUGCCGUCACCGAGUCUGGACUGACACCUCUCCACGUGGCGUCCUUCAUGGGACACCUUCCUAUUGUGAAGAACUUACUGCAGCGGGGGGCGUCACCCAAUGUCUCCAAUGUGAAGGUAGAGACCCCAUUGCACAUGGCAGCCCGAGCAGGACAUACCGAAGUGGCCAAAUACUUGCUCCAGAACAAAGCCAAAGCCAAUGCUAAGGCCAAGGACGACCAGACACCACUUCACUGUGCUGCUCGCAUCGGCCACACAAGCAUGGUGAAGCUCCUGCUGGAGAACGGCGCCAGCCCCAACCUCGCUACCACUGCUGGCCACACGCCCUUGCACACCGCAGCCCGUGAGGGCCACGUGGACACAGCCCUGGCCCUCCUGGAGAAGGAGGCAUCCCAAGCGUGCAUGACCAAGAAAGGAUUUACCCCUCUCCAUGUGGCUGCCAAGUAUGGGAAGGUACGGGUGGCUGAGCUUCUUCUGGAACAUGACGCACAUCCCAACGCAGCAGGAAAGAACGGCUUGACUCCGCUGCAUGUAGCCGUCCAUCACAACAACCUGGACAUCGUCAAGCUCCUACUUCCCCGAGGUGGCUCCCCGCACAGCCCUGCCUGGAAUGGCUACACCCCUUUGCACAUUGCCGCCAAGCAGAACCAGAUAGAGGUGGCCCGCAGUCUGCUGCAGUAUGGAGGAUCAGCUAAUGCCGAGUCUGUCCAAGGCGUGACCCCGCUGCACCUGGCUGCCCAAGAAGGCCACACAGAAAUGGUCGCCCUUCUUCUCUCAAAGCAAGCCAAUGGCAACCUGGGAAAUAAGAGUGGCCUCACCCCCCUCCACCUGGUAGCACAAGAGGGCCACGUUCCAGUGGCUGACGUGCUGAUCAAACAUGGUGUCACAGUGGAUGCCACCACCCGGAUGGGUUACACCCCACUCCACGUGGCCAGCCAUUACGGAAACAUCAAGCUGGUGAAGUUCUUGCUGCAGCACCAGGCAGACGUCAAUGCCAAGACCAAGCUAGGAUACAGCCCCUUGCACCAGGCAGCUCAGCAAGGACACACAGACAUUGUGACCUUGCUCCUGAAGAAUGGUGCUUCUCCAAACGAGGUCAGCUCGAAUGGAACCACACCUCUGGCAAUAGCCAAGCGGUUGGGCUAUAUCUCUGUAACCGACGUGCUCAAGGUGGUCACGGAUGAAACCAGUGUAGUGUUAGUCAGCGACAAGCAUCGGAUGAGCUACCCGGAGACCGUGGAUGAGAUCCUGGAUGUGUCUGAAGAUGAAGGUGAAGAACUUGUUGGCUCCAAGGCAGAGAGGCGGGACUCCCGGGACGUGGGUGAGGAGAAAGAGCUGUUGGAUUUUGUGCCGAAGCUAGACCAAGUGGUGGAAUCUCCAGCCAUCCCAAGGAUCCCCUGUGUCACCCCUGAGACUGUGAUCAUCCGAUCUGAAGACAUGGAACAGGGAUCCAAAGAAUACGAUGAGGAUUCCCUCAUCCCCAGUAGUCCAGCCACAGAGACCUCAGACAACAUUAGCCCCGUGGCCAGCCCCGUCCACACAGGGUUUCUGGUGAGCUUCAUGGUAGAUGCCCGGGGAGGAUCCAUGAGAGGAAGUCGUCAUAAUGGCCUGAGGGUAGUGAUCCCUCCCCGGACGUGUGCGGCACCCACGCGCAUCACCUGCCGCCUGGUCAAGCCUCAGAAGCUGAGCACACCACCCCCACUGGCUGAGGAGGAGGGCCUGGCCAGCAGGAUCAUUGCACUGGGACCUACGGGGGCCCAGUUCCUUAGCCCCGUGAUCGUGGAGAUCCCCCAUUUCGCCUCGCAUGGCCGUGGGGACCGUGAACUGGUGGUUCUGAGGAGUGAGAAUGGCUCUGUGUGGAAGGAGCAUAAGAGUCGCUAUGGAGAAAGCUACCUGGACCAGAUCCUUAACGGCAUGGACGAAGAGCUGGGGAGCUUGGAGGAGCUGGAAAAGAAGCGUGUUUGCCGCAUCAUCACCACCGACUUCCCCCUGUACUUUGUGAUCAUGUCCCGGCUCUGCCAGGACUAUGACACCAUCGGUCCCGAAGGGGGCUCCCUGCGAAGCAAGCUGGUGCCCAUGGUACAGGCCACGUUCCCUGAAAAUGCUGUCACCAAGAAAGUGAAGCUGGCUCUACAGGCCCAGCCUGUCCCAGACGAGCUGGUGACCAAGCUCCUCGGCAACCAGGCCACCUUCAGCCCCAUUGUCACUGUUGAGCCGAGGCGCCGGAAGUUCCACCGCCCCAUUGGGCUUCGGAUCCCACUCCCUCCCUCCUGGACUGACAACCCGAGAGACAGCGGGGAGGGAGACACCACCAGCCUGCGCCUCCUGUGCAGUGUCAUUGGUGGAACUGACCAAGCCCAGUGGGAAGAUAUAACGGGAACAACCAAGCUUGUGUACGCCAACGAGUGUGCCAACUUUACCACCAAUGUGUCCGCCAGGUUUUGGCUGUCGGACUGUCCUCGGACCGCAGAGGCCGUGCACUUUGCCACUCUGCUGUACAAAGAGCUCACGGCGGUCCCCUACAUGGCCAAGUUCGUCAUUUUUGCCAAGAUGAAUGACCCGCGGGAAGGACGGCUACGCUGCUACUGCAUGACAGACGACAAGGCGGACAAGACCCUGGAACAACAUGAGAACUUUGUGGAGGUGGCCCGGAGCAGGGACAUAGAGGUUCUGGAAGGAAUGCCUCUAUUUGCAGAACUCUCUGGGAACUUGGUGCCUGUCAAGAAAACAACCCAACAACGAAGUUUCCACUUCCAGUCAUUUCGAGAGAACCGUUUGGCCAUCCCUGUGAAGGUGAGGGACAGCAGUCGUGAACCGGGAGGGUUCUUGUCAUUCCUGCGGAAGGCGAUGAAGUACGAGGACACACAGCACAUCCUCUGCCACCUGAAUAUCACCAUGCCGCCCUGCACCAAGGGUAGUGGAGCAGAAGACAGGAGGAGGACCCUGACGCCCCUUUCCCUUCGAUAUAGCAUUCUCAGCGAGUCCCGGCUGGGUUUUGCCAGUGACACAGACCGUGCAGAUAUGAAGAUGGCUGUCAUCACGGAGCACCUCGGCCUCAGCUGGGCGGAGCUGGCCCGGGAGCUGCAGUUCACUGUGGAAGACAUCAACCGGAUCCGUGUAGAAAACCCCAACUCCUUGCUGGAGCAGAGUGCGGCCUUGCUGACCCUCUGGGUGGCCCGUGAAGGCGAAAAUGCAAAGUUGGAGAAUCUGUACACAGCCCUGCGGAACAUCGACAGAAGCGAGAUCGUUAACAUGCUGGAGGGCUCCGGCAGGCAGAGCCGCAACCUCAAACCAGACCGGCGGCACGGGGACCGGGACUAUUCACUAUCACCCUCCCAGAUGAAUGGUUACUCCUCACUGCAGGACGAGCUGCUGUCCCCCGCCUCCCUGCACUACGCGCUUCCCUCUCCGCUGUGUGCAGACCAGUACUGGAACGAAGUGGCUGUCAUAGACGCCAUCCCCCUGGCGGCCACGGAGCAUGACACCAUGCUGGAGAUGUCUGACAUGCAGGUGUGGUCUGCGGGCCUCACCCCGUCCCUGGUCACUGCUGAGGACUCCUCCCUGGAGUGCAGCAAGGCCGAGGACUCUGAUGCCACGCAAGAGUGGAAGUUGGAGGGGGCACUCUCAGAGGAGCCGCAGGGCCCGGAGCUGGGCUCUCAGGAGCUGGUGGAGGACGACACAGUGGAUUCAGAUGCCACAAAUGGCCUGGCUGAUUUGCUAGGUCAGGAGGAAGGUCAGAGGUCAGAAAAGAAGAGGCAGGAGGUCUCAGGCGCAGAGCAGGACACGGAGACUGAAGUGUCUCUUGUUUCAGGCCAGCAGCGAGUUCACGCCCGAAUCACAGACUCACCCUCAGUGAGGCAGGUGCUGGACAGAAGCCAGGCCAGAACCCUGGACUGGGAUAAACAGGGCUCCACGGCGCCCCAUCCACAAGAAGCUGCACAAACUUCCUGGCAAGAGGAGGUCACACAAGGCCCGCACUCAAUACAAAGAAAGAUCACCACCAUCCAAGGGCUGGAGCCCGGCGCGCUUCAGGAAUAUGAGCAGGUGUCUAUAAGAGAGCACGUGCAGAGGGGCCCACCUGAGACCGACAGCCCCCAGGCUGCCAAGGAGCCAAGCUUGUGGGCAUCUGAGAGCACCUUCUCUCGGAAAGUACAGCACAUUCACCAGGAGCUGGACAAGGAGCUGGGGGAGAGCGAGGGCCUGAGCGACGACGAGGAGACCAUCUCCACCAGAGUGGUCCGCCGACGGGUCUUCCUGAAGGGGGAUGAGAUCCAGAAUAUUCCAGGAGAGCAGGUGACGGAGGAACAAUUCACGGACGAACAAGGCAACAUUGUCACCAAGAAGAUCAUUCGCAAAGUCGUUCGGCAGGUAGAUUCCUCUGGUGCCAUCGACACCCAGCAGCACGAGGAGGUGAUUGUUGAGGGGCCCCUAGUGGACCCUGGGGAUCUGGAAGCUGAUAUUGAGUCCUUUAGGAAACUUACUAAGGUGGAACUAAGAGGGAGUGGACUACAGCCGGACCUGCUAGAGGGCAGGAAGGGGGCUCAGAUAGUGAAGCGGGCCAGCCUGAAAAGGGGCAAACAGUGACCUCUCCUCGAGUAGCCCCUUGGGAGGGAUGGAGCCCAGGGUCUCAUGGAUUCUAGGUAUGGAUUCUGCCUCUGAACCACACCUUCAACCCCCAUACAAUUUAUUUUUAAAUAGGGUCUCUCUAGAAAGCCCUGGAACUUGCUGCGUAGACCAGGCUGGCCUCUAACCCACAGAGCUCCAGUUACCUCUGUGCUGGAAUUAAAGGCAUGUGCCACCACUCCUGAAUAAUUUUUAAAUAGCGCUUUGAAGUGUGAACCAUCUUGGUAUUCCUCUUAGAAACCAAGCAGCGGGCUCUAGAGUUGGUGACCAGGACACUGCAGAGCACAAGGCACACUGUCAAGCCUGUGGGGUGCCGCACUGUGUAUGUGGCCAGAAAACAUACCAGGUUAAAAUUAAGCCCCGCUGGAGUCCUAACCUGCCGUAGUUUCAAUUCUCUUCUGCUCUGUGAACAAGGCCGCUCCCUUGAUGUCUAAGAAGGAGCUAAGUCGACAGGUCCAAGGUGUGGGUGGGAUUCUCUGAAAGUCAGGAGGGUCUCCGUGGCUAGGGGCUGCCCUCCUGUGUGAUGGGCAUGCGCCAUGGCAGUGGGCCAAGGAGGGGUGGGCCAGGGUAUGAAACGAAGCUCUCCAGCAGGCGGCAGCACUGAGCGCUUUGGCAGCCAGCUCUGACCUUACCCUCCCUGAGGGGUCCUGUACUGAGCUGCCCCGAGGCCCUUCAUUGUGCUCCGCUCGGUGCAGCUCAGUACAAGACGCGUCGGGGUGGGAGACAGCGGGGAGCAAGGAAGCAUCACAGCCCCCUCCCCCGACGCACAGCACCAGCUGGGGUGUUGCCCCCAGAGCUCUCAGGGCCCGACUCCAGAGCCAAGCAGCAAGCCCUCGCUGGUUUUAUGCAUUCUGCAUAAAGCUGGGCCCGUGCUGCCUCCGGGGCCGGCAGAAGUGCUGACUGGGUGCUUCCCAACAUAUCUCAGCACUUGGGCAAAAACGGGGAUUGGCAGAGCUGAUAGGAGAGUAAAAUUAGCCCUGACUCCUCAGCAGCUUUAAGGAGGUCACAGCGUUAACCCUGGCACUGCCAGGCUCUGCUUUGUGCUUCUCUUUGACUCAGAUUUUACCAGUGCCCUGAACGAGGAGGCAGUUAGCAUGAAGGUGGGCUGAAGGGCAGAGAGGAAGUAGGAUGUUUUCGUUAAGUUGUUGUAGUUGAUCUACAAAGGUGUUAACGCCACAGACACACACACACACACACACACACACACACACACACACAGAGAGAGAGAGAGAGAGAGAGAGAUAAGGUUACCCACCAGACCUCAUGAGCUUAGGGGUCAGGAAUUCUGAGCAGCCUGAUUCUGAGACAGUGCUGAGCCCUCUGCCAUCAAAAGGCCGAGACCAGGCUAGUAAUGCGGAAGCGAGUGAGAUGGCUCCUGGGGUUGGAAAGCAGCAGGAACGCUCCAUCCUCAACAAGAAGCUAGUGAAGGGGCUUCAGGCUCUGUUCCUACCACGUACUGUCCCUCCUCACGAGCAGACCAGCCAGUCCUCAUCACCCCUCUCCUGAUUCGCCCACUCACUGAAAGUCACUCGAAAUGCGAAGCCAGCCAUGGGUGCUUCUGGGAUCAGUCAUUCGCAGACACACAGACAAGGGUGACCACAGAGUGACCUGCAUGCGCCCUUCCCAGCUCCACCUUGCUGGAGUUCUUCUGCAGCCCUCUGUCGUCCAUCUAUCUAGUACCACGGCACAUUGUCGUGCCCUCUGAUGGUUACCUCACUGUUUCUGUUGACGGUCUCUCUGUCCAGGAAAGCGGAGUUUUAAAGCUUCCUCGGGGCUCUGGUGCUAGGGAAGAUGAGGACAGUGUGAGCGACUGAGCCAGGCACAUGCAGUCUCACAGCCUCCCAUGCGACUGUCAAUAUGCAUUGGGGAUAGAGUCAUUGGUUGAGGAAAACGUGGCAGAGACUGCCAAGGAACUCGCCUUGUGUUUCCCUGGGAGCGGUUAUUCGGUAGUCACUUUCAUCCUUCAUACGUUUAUACGUUCAUGCGGUCCAUCCCAUGUUUGUGCUUUAUGAGCCAGGACUACUGGGAACAGCAGGAAACAUCUACUUUGUUUCUAAGUGUGAAAGCUAGCUUUGGAAUCUAGGUUCAAGGCCUGGCUCCCCCUGUUCCCACACUGUAUGAGCUUAAGACGCUCAUAUCCCCAACCUCAAACUCCUCAAGGGGAGAUGAAAACAGUCUCUUCUGAAUGUGUGUUAUAUAUCAAUAAAAAGUACGUACGGAACUGGGUGUGGCUCCAUGAUAGAGCACAUGCUCGUGCCAGAGACCCCAGGUCCCAGCCACGGCACGGGUGUGGCAAGGGUACAAAUAAUUAACCACGAGAGGUGUUGUGUCCUGAGGAGUCAACAAAGGCGUAUGUACUCUGACAUUCAAUUAGUGGCAGAUUUUAUUUGCAGUGUGACUCAGGGCAAGCCAACUGACCUCUCUCAGCCUCAACAUUUCUGCCCACACGUAGCAAUAAUGCCAGUUAUUUCCUUGUAGAACUGCUGUGUGGCAAGGAAUGUGCCUAGUUUUGUGAAGGGACUUCACAAAGUGUGAGGCUCAACAGUACCCUUUCGCAGAGUGUCAUCGGCACCCCCUUCUAAAGCCACCUGGGGUGUUAAGAUGCAGACGCCUGGGCUGGGGUGCAGCUCAGGAGCAGAUGCUGGCUAACCAUAGGAGACCGGGCUUCUCUCUGCUGCAGUGUGAUUACCGUGCAUACUGAAGGUUGAGUUCUUAUCACUGAUUUUGAUCCUUCUCCUUAAACUUCCCUCGAGUCCAAUAGCAUGGCUCUAAGUAUCAGAUCUAAAAAGUGGCUGAAAUGGAGGACAGUCAACUGUUUAGAGAGGUCGAACACCCACUGGGAGGACUCUGCACCCUGGUAAGCAGUGUGUGGCUGAGCCUUGUUCUGAUUCUACCCGUCGCCCCCUGCAUUGGAAAGGCCUCCGCGUCUGAGCUCUAGAGAGUGAAGAAGCAGGCCGAAGGAGCCAGCAAGUUGUUAGUCAAGGCUCAGGGCACAGAGGAAGCAGCACGUGGCAGGGUUUGUACUGUGCUUAAGUGCUAAGGUGCUGGUACCAUUGGGAAGACUGGCACGCAGGCCAGUGAUGUAGCUAGAGGGGGGGUCCCACAAGCCUUGGAAGGGUCCUGGUUCUUGAUACCCUUUGCAUGUGCAUGGCUGCGCCCUGCAGGACUCUCCAAGGUGCUGAGGGAGGAGAGAGCCGGUGCCUCUCUCUCUGUUUUCCUUUUAUGGAACACUUUCCAUGCAAACAUAGUUCCAGGAUUUAAGCUAGCUCUGACAAUAGAAUAUUUUAAUAAAUUUAAAGUUAAUCUGUUUUAGUAAGAGGAAGUGGGAAGGCAUGCUUUGUUUUGCUUUAUUUCAAGCUAGAAUCUGUUCUAUCCAGCCGCUUCAAGGACUCCUGAGUGAGAGGUAAAAAGGAGAUGGUAGGAGCCACAACAUAGGUGAGGGGCAGGUACCACGGCAAGGAGAAAAGUCGUUCCAGAGCCUGACUGCAGGGGCACCCCAAGCACACCGGAGGGGCAAUUUCCUGCACUUUGGGAGGAUCAGCUUUUCCCAGAGAGUGGCCUGGGGAGGAGGUACGGUGUCAGAAGUCCUGGCUGUAGUCAGAAGGCUCAUGUUGCCACACCUCUGCUCCGCCGGCUGCUCCAGCUCUCUCUUUCUCCUGAGUCUUAGUUUACCCAAAAAUAAAUUGGGUGUCUGCUCCAAAAUGAUCUCGAAGGCUGAGCCUUCUCCUCUGCGUAGUAAAGUAGGUGGGAAAUCAGAGUCUGUGUGGCUAGAACCUCAGAUCUCACAUUGUCUCUCAUUUGAGGAAUGAUUAGCUCUAGGGCAGGCAUUGCAGGGACCAAGAAGGGGCUCCCACCCACGUGCUCAUUAACCAGCCAGAGCAGCCACACAG